AGUUGGAAACAGAGGCGUGGGCGGCGCGCGGCUCGUGGCAGCCGCCAGCCGAACGCGGACUCUCGGGCGAACCAGAGGUCGCUGGCGCAGGAGCCCAGCAGCCCGCAGAGAUGGUGGACCACCUGGCAAACACAGAGAUCAACAGCCAGCGGAUCGCCGCCGUGGAGAGCUGCUUCGGGGCGUCGGGGCAGCCACUGGCCCUGCCAGGCCGCGUGCUGCUGGGUGAGGGCGUCCUGACCAAGGAGUGCCGCAAGAAGGCCAAGCCACGCAUCUUCUUCCUCUUCAACGACAUCCUGGUGUACGGCAGCAUCGUGCUCAGCAAGCGCAAGUACCGCAGCCAGCACAUCAUCCCGCUGGAGGAGGUGACGCUCGAGCCGCUGCCCGAGACCCUGCAGGCCAAGAACCGCUGGAUGAUCAAGACGGCCAAGAAGUCCUUCGUGGUGUCGGCCGCCUCCGUGACGGAGCGUCAGGAGUGGAUCAGCCACAUUGAGGAGUGUGUGCGGCGGCAGCUGCUGGCCACGGGCCGCCAGCCCACCACGGAGCACGCGGCGCCCUGGAUCCCCGACAAGGCCACGGAUAUCUGCAUGCGCUGCACGCAGACCCGCUUCUCGGCGCUCACGCGGCGCCACCACUGCCGCAAGUGUGGCUUCGUGGUCUGCGCCGAGUGCUCCCGGGAGCGUUUCCUCCUGCCGCACCUCUCGCCCAAGCCCCUGCGUGUCUGCAGCCUCUGCUUCCGCCAGCUGGCUGCCCAGAAGCGCAAGGAGGAGGAGGAGGAGCAGGGCCGGGGGUCCCUGGGGCAGCCGGCUUACCUGGCUGGGGCCGUCUUCGGGGCAUCCAGUGGGGAUGACGAUGACUCGGACGAGGACAAAGAGGGCAGUGGGGAUGGCGACUGGCCCAGCCGCGUGGAGUUCUAUGCCUCGGGCGCCUCCUGGUCUUCCUUCCACAGCUGACCCCAGGCCUGCAGGGACUUGCUAGUCGUGUCUACAUCCAAGCAAGUGCAUUACCCAGGCCCCCGGGGAUGUGGAGCCCAGAGUUCAGAGCUGGUCAGGGUCCCCGACGACGCCACCCCACGGGGUGGACACAGUGGGGGUGGCUCUUUCUCUCCAGCCUCUUGCUUUUGCUAGAUGCCGGCACCACUCUAGUCCCACUUCAGCCUGUCGUCUUUCCGUUAGCAAACCCCAGGCACCCACCCCGUUGGAGAACAAAUGCCGUUUCCCAGCCCUGUCGGCUGUAGCUGAAGCUGCAGACGGCGUCUUGAGUCAGACGGCCCCUGGUACCCUGGGCAGACUGGUGACCGGCCAGAGGGGUCUGGAGCCCAGAGGGAGGACAGAGGACUGGAGUGUAGGUUCCUGCUCUCUGAGGCCUCCCGUCUGGACAAGCACACCCCCGGGGUCGACCGUGAGCCUUAGGAAGUCUCCUGGAAACCAAGGCCUGGGCUGGCCAGUCUUCACAUGCUGUGGGUGCCCCGUGGCCCAGGGUGGCCUUUGAGGGCUUUGCCCCGGCCCCCCUCUCCAGGUGUCGGGGCACCUCAUCCUCUCAUCUCACAGAGGAUGGCAGCGGCGGCGUUUUCUGCUAGAACUCCUGCUUGCAGGUGACAGCAACCUUCCCUCCGAGCCCGGUGGUUGAAAGGUGCAGAGGUGUUCUUGCUGGUCAGGGGCUGAAGCGAGGUGGCUGGGACCGUCCUCCCUCGCUCUUACAGGGUCUCAGCAGCAGGGAGCAGGAAGCCAGCCGGCUCCUGGCACCUCCUGGGCUCUGAGCCCUGAACCAUCGCUGUGCCCAGGAGCACUGUGAGGUGUGGAUUGGUCAACUUGGGUCCUGGGUGCCCUGCACACCCUACGGGAGGGGAGGCCCCCGGUGGGUGUUAUUGCAAGUCCGGUGAAUGGGUGCUGGCAGCAACAUCAGCAGCUGCCCACCACACUGGGCGUUCCUAGGAAUGCAGCAGCUUGGGGGAGACAGACGGCCACGCCACACCUUGGCUGGGCUCCCGAAGGCUGUAGCCCCCUCGGGCCCUGUGGCCAUGGACUGGCGCUCGCAGCUGUUCCCCUUGGGGCAGGUUAGCUAAGUGGAUGGAAGAGGAGAAAA